AUGUCGCCCGCUGCGCAAGUGCCCCCGACGGCCGCCGAGAAGGUCGCCUCCUUCUUCUCCCGCCUGAGCCCCGUGCCGGCCUUCCCAGACUACACCGGCCCGCACAAGGUCGGCACCGUCGACAUCGAGGUGCCCGUCUCCGAGCUCGAGUCGCCCAGCCCGACGCCCUACACGGCCACCGAGAUACACACCGUCCAGUGCCGCGUCUUCUACCCAGCUGUGCCUGAAUCAAACGGCAAGAGGAUAAACUGGCUGCCCUCGCCCCAGCGCCAGCAUGUCUCGGCGUAUACCCAGUUCAUUGGCAUCCGCCCAAUGGUGGCCGACAUGAUCUCCUUCCUCCCACGACACCUCCACUACACCACCAUUCCCGUCCACAAGAACGCCGAGAUCCUCGAACCAGACACGCCGAACCGCCGCUGGCCGACCAUGAUCUUCUCCCACGGCCUCGGCGGCAACCGCAACACAUACUCCCACCUUGCCGGCUCCCUCGCCUCCCACGGCAUCGUCGUCAUAUGCCCUGAGCACCGCGACGGCAGCGCCGUCGCCUCCUUCGUCCGCAUCCCCGGCAAGCAGGAUCAGUACUUCCUCCGCAACACCCGCCGCGUCGUCCCCUACGUCCGCCUCGACCACGACGCCCGCCCCGAGAUUUACGAGGCUCGCGAGGACCAGCUGCGCAUCCGCCUGUGGGAGCUUGGCCUCAUCCACGUCGUCGCCCUCAAUCUCGACCUCGGCAUGGCUAUGUCCAACCUUAACAAAUCCACUCCGUCCCUCACCCCCUUCAAGAACAAGCUCCACGUCCACGACCCCGGCUGCAUCCUCUUCGGCGGCCACAGCUUCGGCUCCGCCUCCAUCGUCCAAUUCCUCAAGACCACCUACUACGCAGAGUCCUCCGCCCUCGCACACGUGGCCAAGCCCCUCUUCACCCCGCGCCGCGACUCUGCCCUCUGCAGGCAGGUCACCGAGAAGAACGUCACCAUGCUCCUCGACAUGUGGUGUUUCCCCCUCCUCGCCCCCGGCUCAUCCGCCCUCUUCGACCUGCCCUUGCCCGCGUACGCCAACAAACCCGCCGCGCCCGGGGGCACCGCCAUCCUCGCCGUCGAUUCCGACGCCUUCUACAAGUGGACCGACCACCUCCACGUCACCGCGCGCGUCCUCUCCCCGGAGCCGUCCUCCAACGUCCUCACCCCCGCCACCUUCCGCCGCAGCGGCGUGCGCCUCCCCGAGCCCAACUUCUUCUACGUCGAGAACUCGGCGCACCUCUCCCAGUCCGACUUCGGCAUCCUCUUCCCCUGGCUGACCAAGAAGAUCUUCAACUCGGAAGAGCCCGAGCGCGCGCUGCGUCUGAACCUGCGCGCGCAGCUGCAGCUUCUCCGCGCGAACAACGUGCCCGUCGCGCGGACGUGGAUCGGCGACCUCGUCGACGGCACCGGGUCCGGCAAGAUGGGCAUCUCGGGCGACGAGGACGGCGACAACGGCCCGGACGAUGGGCUGAUGGACGACAAGGCCAUUUUCGACAGGAGCGAGGGCAAGGUGCAGUUUUGGAAGUGGAUCGACGUCAUUGGGAUGGGCUCGCCGGAGCAGACGCCCGCGAGCGCUGCGACCACGACCGCGACGUCGACGGCGGCGGCUCCGGGCGGCGAGGGGGUGAAUGCGCAGGUUGCCGGGGUGGAGCAGACGGACCGGGACAUGGAGGAGGAGCUGGAGCCGCUGCAGGCUGUUGCUAGCGCCGCGCAGCACCAGGCGGCUGCGGUGCGGGCGUAA